CUUUCUUUCAUCCAGAGUCUUUCGUUUUUCUAUUCACACUCGUUCUCAUCAGCUGUCCUUUCGGAACACCUUUCGCCUUCGCAUUACAAGCUUCCCAUUCUUAUUAAUACAAUUCUUUUCUUCAUCAUGCCGAAAUUCUACUUCUUCGGUCUCCUGUCUUUACUCCCGCUGCUGGUCUCUGCGGCUAAUGACUGGUCAAUCCCUUGUAUGGACGGAACUUGUUCUUGGGAUGCACCCACCGGUAAAAAUACCAUGGCAGGUACCAUGACUAUUACCGGCUCUCCGAACGCUAUCUCGGACAUUACGACAGCUGCAGGCUGGGAAAUUCUCAACUGCACUACGGAUGCCAAAGCACAGGACAUUCGUAUUGUCUGUUCAGGAGACGAGGAAUCUUGUUCUCAUCUUUUCCAAAACGGGGCUGAACAUACAGUUGUUCGCCUGCCUCAGGACUGCGGCCCGGGUCCAUUUGCCCGUGUCGUAAGCUGCGAAGAAGCCGAGGACCAGUCUCUUCCGGAAUAUCUCAGCACUCACCUCAGACGUCGUGAUGGAUCAGCCCGAACUGUUCAUGCUCUUUCUUUUGAUACAAAAUUUAACCAGAUCCCUUCCUCUCAACACGGAAACGUGUCAAUGGUGGUUUUCGGCUCGACUAUUCCCGGCUUCAAUGGCAAUGCUACGAUUACUCCGGCAGGAUCCAGGCGCCGUUCUCGCAUAGCCAAUAAACGAAGCUUUGACUCCUUUUUCGACGAUUUCAACAAGACAAAGUCUACGGACCUUUCUCCCAUCAAUAUCGAUAAUAAAUUCAACAUUUUCAACACUACGCUCCCUUGCUCUGCUGGCGAGCAAGCUAGGUUGAGCGUCGAUGUUGAUGCAAAGGUCAACGCGCAGGUCACGAUUGGUGUUGUUCUCGCUGGUUCUCUCACUUCGGGAGUCACAGAAUUUGGUUUGUUCGCAGAUGUAUCAGCGGUCCUUGACGGAGGUCUCAGCAUUGACGCCAACAUCGCCGGAGAAUUCGAUAGCGGAAAGAUCAAGCUUUUUACUUCUGAAUUUUAUCCAUUCAACAUUCCAUCACUCAUUUAUGUCGGCCCCACAUUCGACAUCGAUGCCGAAGCAAAAGCUAACAUUGACCUUGAUGUUGAUAUGUCUGUUGAUCUGGCUUAUGAAGUGUCUGACUUGCGACUGUUCUUCCCUCCAUCCGAUGGCAAGACUUCAAGUGCUACUAUCGCACCAAAAGAUACGCCAUUGAAACUGUCUGCAAGCCCUGAGGUUCAGUCAAAUGCCACUCUUGAAGUUCAUCUCAUUCCCAGUCUUAAUUUUGGCAUCAAUGUCCUUGACGGUCUAGGAUCUGCAACAAUCUUCUUGGAUAUCGACACUUUUGCCGAAUUAGACCUUGGUCUUGUAGCUGGUGGAACUGCUAGUGCUGACACAGCUAGUGCUAUUGGUGCUUCUGCACAAGCUAGGGGGUGUGUCGAUUUGAACGGCGGAGUCUCCGUCAAUGCCGGUGCAAAAGGAUCUUUCUUUGACCUUUUCGACGAUAGUACACAGGUUUCACUUUUCUCGAAGAACUUUGACUUCUUCAAGAAGUGCUUCGAAGAGUCAGCUUCUACGACGAACUCUGCGACAUUCACGUCUAGCCCUGUUUCCAACUCCGCAUCUAGUGUCAACCCGUCAUCCACUGUGAGCCUGAGUGUCUCAGAGUCAGCGGGCACAGGCAUUUCAUCCUCAGCAUCUGCACACACACCAUCCACGCCUAGUACCAGCCUGAGUACUUCUUCUACUCUCGUGGUUGCAGACCUGGCAUCUGCAUCGACUGCGGACUCGAGCUUCGUGACCGCCUCAAGCACCGUCGCUGAUGACUCGACAGCGACGCCCUCCGCUUCAAGCACGACCGAGAGUUCUACUUCCACGCUAAUUACUGUUGCUGACGAUUCAACAACGGUAUUGUCCUCUUCCAGCACAUCCAAGGCUGCUAAUGCUACACCCACAAGCCCCGAAGACACGAAGGGCCAGAAUAGCUCUCGUUCUCGCCGUGCACACGUUCCAGCACACAUCAAGCUUGCGAGGAGGGAUUUCCAGUGCCUUGCAGCUGACGUCGCACCAGCGACUUCACUUGUCGACCAGAAUCUGUCGAGCACAAGCUUUACAUCUUGAGUACAAGAUAUCUCAUAAUACAUUUACUUGCUGCAUCUUUUCUUCUGUCUCUUUCUGGCUUCCCUUUCUUGCUUUUAUGUGGCUUUGAUUUCGACUUUCUAGCAGCCAUAUCCUUUAGUUUAGUUACUAUAGUUGUAAUAUGUCCUUGAUUUGUUUCUUCUGUUUGUGCACUCGGUGUGUUAUAGACUCUCGCUGCGUGCUGUACAUGCAUGUGGUACACAUAUAGCU